GGAGGAGAGAAGCAGGAGGGGCAGUGGGAAGGGGAGGAGGAAGAAAACGAAAAGGAGCAAGAAGAGGAGGAGAAAGAGGAGGAGGAGGAGGAGAGAGGCGAAGAAAAACAGACGGAGCCCGGGAGACGGGAGAGCAAGGGAGGAAGAAAGAGGCAGAAAGGGCGUGUUUAGGCUCUGCGUCUCCCCUCCCCUUUCUCAGGUCCCGGCCCGGGGCUCCGCGCGCUCGCUCUCGGGCUCCAGCUCCCCGCGGGCGAAGCUGGGCGUCGGGUGCGAUCGCCCGGGCCGCCCCUCGGGCCGCCGCCCCGCGCCCAGCCCGGAGCCCCCCGCGGGGCGCCCUGCAGUCCCCUCCCCCUCCGCCUCGCGCCUUCCCCGGGGCCGCGACACCCCCCAGCCAGCGGCCCCGCCGCGCGGAGCUCCAGGCCAUGGGCUCGGGGCGCGUCCCCGGGCUCUGCCUGCUCGUCCUGCUGGUCCACGCGCGCGCCGCCCAGCAUGGCAAAGCUGCGCAAGACGUGGACGAGUGUGUGGAAGGCACCGACCAUUGCCACAUCGACGCCAUCUGCCAGAACACCCCGAGGUCCUACAAAUGCAUCUGCAAGUCCGGCUACACAGGGGACGGCAAACACUGCAAGGACGUGGAUGAGUGUGAGCGGGAGGACAACGCUGGCUGCGUACACGACUGUGUCAACAUCCCUGGCAACUACCGGUGUACCUGCUACGACGGAUUCCAUCUGGCACACGAUGGGCACAACUGCCUGGAUGUAGACGAGUGUGCUGAAGGCAACGGCGGCUGCCAGCAGAGCUGUGUCAACAUGAUGGGCAGCUACGAGUGCCGCUGCCGCGAAGGCUUCUUCCUCAGCGACAACCAGCACACCUGUAUCCAGCGGCCAGAAGAAGGCAUGAACUGCAUGAACAAGAACCACGGCUGUGCCCACAUUUGCCGGGAGACCCCCAAGGGGGGCAUUGCCUGCGAAUGCCGGCCCGGCUUCGAGCUCACCAGGAAUCAGCGGGACUGCAAACUGACCUGCAACUAUGGCAAUGGUGGCUGCCAGCACACGUGUGACGACACGGAGCAGGGCCCCCGCUGUGGCUGCCAUGUCAAGUUUGUGCUGCACACCGACGGGAAGACAUGCAUCGGGGAGAGGCGGCCAGAGCAGCACAUGCCCACUCAGGCCGUUUCUAAUGAGACCUGCGCCGUCAACAACGGAGGCUGCGACAGUAAGUGCCACGACGCAGCGAGCGGUGUGCACUGCAGCUGCCCUGUGGGCUUCAUGCUGCAGCCAGACAGAAAGACCUGCAAAGACAUAGAUGAGUGCCGCUUGAACAACGGGGGCUGCGACCACAUCUGCCGAAACACGGUGGGCAGCUUUGAGUGCAGCUGCAGGAAAGGCUACAAGCUCCUCAUCAAUGAAAGGAGCUGCCAGGACAUAGAUGAGUGCUCCUUCGAUCGAACCUGCGACCACAUGUGUGUCAACACGCCCGGAAGCUUCCAGUGUCUGUGCCAUCGAGGCUACCUGCUGUACGGCGUCACUCACUGUGGGGAUGUGGACGAGUGCAGCAUCAACAAGGGAGGCUGCCGCUUUGGCUGCGUCAACACCCCGGGCAGCUAUCAGUGUACCUGCCCGGCAGGCCAGGGCCGCCUUCACUGGAACGGAAAGGAUUGCACAGAGCCGGUGAAAUGUCACAGUGGCCCAGGGGCCUCGAAAGCCAUGCUCAGCUGCAGUCGGUCUGGCAAGAAGGACACGUGUGCCCUGACCUGCCCCUCUCGGGCCCGGUUUUUGCCAGAGUCGGAGAAUGGCUUCACGGUGAGCUGCGGAACCCCCAGCCCCAAAGCUGCCGCAGCGCGAGGCAGCCACCCUGGAAACAGCACCACCUCCAGCUCCUGCCAUGAGGCUGCAGCACUGCCGGUCAAGCAGAGGGCCUCCUUCAAGGUCAAGGAUGCCAAAUGUCGCCUGCACCUGCGAAACAAAGGCAAAGCGGAGGAAGCCGGCAGAAACCCAGGGCCAGGUGGUGGACCCUGCUCUGACUGCCAGGUCACCUUCAUCCACCUCAAGUGUGACUCCUCUCGGAAGGGCAAAGGCCGACGGGCCAGGACCCCUCCAGGCAAGGAGGUUACCCGGCUCACCCUGGAAUUAGAAGCUGAGGUCAGAGCUGAAGAAACGACAGCUGGCUGCGGGCUGCCCUGCCUCCGGCAGCGGAUGGAGCGAAGACUGAAGGGGACCUUGAAGAUGCUCAGAAAGUCCAUCAACCAGGACCGAUUCCUGCUGCGUCUAGCGGGCCUCGACUAUGAGCUGGCCCACAAGCCGGGCCUGCUAGCUGGGGACCGAGCAGAGGCAGCAGAGGUCUGCCGGCCUGGGCAGCACCGAGCGGGCACCAAGUGUGUCAGCUGCCCGCAGGGAACGUAUUACCACGGCCAGACGGAGCAGUGUGUGCCAUGCCCAGCGGGCACCUUCCAGGAGAGGGAAGGGCAGCUCUCCUGCGACCUCUGCCCUGGGAGUGAUGCCCACGGGCCUCUUGGAGCCACCAACGUCACCACGUGUGCAGGUCAGUGCCCACCGGGCCAGCAUUCAGUAGAUGGGUUCAAGCCCUGCCAGCCAUGCCCCCGGGGCACCUAUCAGCCCGAAGCAGGACGGACCCUGUGCUUCCCCUGUGGUGGAGGCCUCACUACCAAGCAUGAGGGCGCAGUCUCCUUCCAGGACUGUGAUGCCAAAGUCCAGUGCUCCCCGGGGCACUACUACAACACUAGCACCCAUCGCUGUAUCCGCUGCGCCGUGGGCUCCUACCAGCCCGACUUCCGUCAGAACUUCUGCACCCGCUGCCCAGGAGACACCAGCACCGACUUUGACGGCUCCACCAGUGUGGCCCAGUGCAAGAAUCGGCAGUGUGGCGGGGAGCUGGGCGAGUUCACUGGCUACAUCGAGUCUCCCAACUACCCCGGCAACUACCCAGCUGGCGUGGAGUGCGUCUGGAACAUCAACCCCCCACCCAAGCGCAAGAUCCUGAUCGUGGUCCCCGAGAUCUUCCUGCCUUCCGAGGACGAGUGUGGCGACGUCCUGGUCAUGAGGAAGAACUCCUCACCAUCCUCCAUCACCACUUACGAGACCUGCCAGACCUACGAGCGUCCCAUCGCCUUCACGGCCCGGUCCAGGAAACUCUGGAUCAACUUUAAGACCAGUGAGGCCAACAGUGCACGUGGCUUCCAGAUUCCCUAUGUGACCUAUGAUGAGGACUAUGAGCAGCUGGUGGAAGACAUAGUGAGGGAUGGCCGGCUCUACGCCUCUGAGAAUCACCAGGAGAUACUAAAGGACAAGAAGCUUAUCAAGGCCUUCUUUGAGGUCCUGGCCCACCCACAGAACUACUUCAAGUACACAGAGAAGCACAAGGAGAUGCUGCCAAAAUCCUUCAUCAAGCUGCUGCGCUCCAAAGUCUCCAGCUUCUUGAGGCCUUACAAAUAGUGCCUGUGGGCCCAGAAACCCAGGUUUCAGAGCGCUGCCUCCCUGGCCCUCAGAGCUGGCACCCCAACCUCAGACAAGAAACUGCCCUCUCCUUUUGGAGGAGAAAUAUCACUACAGCAGGCACUCCCCUUCUGUCUUUCUAGUUACCUUGUCUUCUCUGUCUCUCUCUUUUUACAUGGUCCCUAGAAAAGCCAUUCAAGCCGUCUCUGUUCCCCCAAGAGGUGUUCUGCUCUGCCCACCUCACCAGCUCACAUCCCCAGCCCCUUGUCAGUCUGGAAGGGUGUUGGAGGCCCAGGAGAGGAACGGGCCUGCUAGGGAGUAGGGGUGGGUAAGAAAGGCUUCUGCCAUUUCUGCCAUUAUAGGGUUGUGCCUUGCUGGCUAGCCAGGAGUCAAAAUGGCCCUUGCUGUGCUCCCCAGGGUGACUCUUCACAGCCCAGAGUCCUGCCAGAGAAGCCUUUGACACGACAGGUUUAUGCCAGCUGCUGGCACCAGGCUGCCAGGGCACACCGUGAGCCCUGGGGUGCCCGUUUAGUCGGUGUCCUCCUCUGGAGCACUCCCUGCUGUCUGCCUGGGGCUGCUCCAUAGGGCUUACAUGUUCCAUAGCCCUGGGCUGGCAAACCGCAGCCGAGUAAGGGGGAGCAGCAGGCCUUGUUUGCCAGCACCCUGCAGGCGCUCCCGACAUACAGCGCCCUCAGCCAGCUCUGCAGGACAGAAAGCAGGUUUUUAAAGCAUUGCCCAAAACAAAGCAAAUUAUCACCAAAAGGACUCAACUGUAGACAAGUAGAAGCCAGCCUCAAACACUAACCUCCUCUUGCCAGUCCUCCCUGGCCCAGCCACGCCCUCACCCCACCUAAGUGCUCCCCGGGGUGGGGGGACCCACUCCUCUUACUAAGUGCCGUCCUUAAACCUGGCCGUUGACCCUCGCCAGCCUAGAUCGUGCUCCACAGCUGUUUUUCCCUUGUAGCCCCAGGUGGCUUGUGGGCUCCACCAAAGAGGACCCCACUCUGCAACCAGCCUGGAGCUGCCUACCUCUGGCCUCGGGCUGUGGGCAGCAAGAGGGAUGCGUGUGUGCCCUUGGCAGGCCGCCUGGCCACCGUGCCCACAUCUGAGAAGUGCAAUCAUUUUUGAGUCUUUCUGUGUCGAUUAGAGGGAGGGGGGUUGUUUUUUGUUUGUUUCUUUUUCCUCUUAGAGUAACCCUAUUUAUAGCUGCCCAGGAGAGAAGAGUGUGUUGGGAGUGGAGGAAUAGCAGUUUGACGCUCAGGAGCCUUGAGUGCUGGAGCAUCUGUCUGUCCUACCCGAGGCCACCCUCAGCUGUGCCGAGCCAGGGCAUUCCCUCACAGGCAGCCAAAGUGUAGGAGAGCAGCUCUGGUGACCUGAUGAAGCGGGGAGAGGGCUGUUGGCUAAGCUGACGCUGCCACCCUCGCGCCUCUCUGGAUUAUAGAUGCAGACGGAGCUGGUCAGUGAUCUGCAGGUAGAGAGAGCCUCUGGCCUUUUCUUGCCUCCGUGUUGUCCUCUGGCAUGCACCCGGGAGAUCAGGACGAACUCUAGGGAUGGGUCAGCUCAGGCUCCCAAGGCGUCCA